UCCAGGCUUUUAAAAAUAUUUGAUAGUGAUUUGAAGUGUCAGUUGUAGGGAAUGCUGCACAUUCGAGCGCGAGACGAUUUCGAAAGACUCAAAAACAAGUUAUAAAACUUGAAUUCAAUGCCAAGUGUUUUCAUAAAGUACAUUCGUCUAAAGCAAUUCUCGUUACGUUUUUUUAAUAAUGUCUUACAGAUACUUCCAUAACAACAGAUACUUGCUUUUGUUGUAGAGGCGAGUUGCGUUUAAAGAUGUUUCAAUGACCGCGUGUAUUUAGGAGCAAGUUUAAGAACAUCAGGAUGAAAAUGACAGGUCCCUCAAGUAGAUGUUGAAAACUUGUGCCAGUCAAGUCAUUGGACCAUGACAUCUAAAUCCCCCCCCUCUCAACUGUACCAACAGCAGUAUGGCAUGGUGUGGGCAUUUGGAAGUGGUCGCUGUCACUCCACCACAUGGUUUCACUUUCUAUGGAUGUUGUGGGUGGGGAUGAGUCCUGGCUCCUGGGCCUCACACCAGAACUUCCAUCCCCACUCCAUUAAAAUACCUGGAGACAUCACCCUGGGGGGCCUGUUCCCCAUCCAUGCCAGAGGCCCUCAUGGUCUGCCCUGUGGGGAGAUUAAGAAGGAGAAAGGCAUUCACCGCAUGGAGGCCAUGCUCUACGCACUGGACCAGAUCAACAGUGACCCUGAGCUGCUGCCUAACAUUACUCUGGGGGCUAGGAUCUUGGACACCUGCUCCAGAGACACCUAUGCACUGGAACAAUCCCUCACCUUCGUCCAAGCCCUCAUUCAGAAGGAUACCUCAGACAUACGAUGCUCAAAUGGAGAGCCACCAAUCAUCCGCAAGCCUGAGCGCAUUGUAGGGGUAAUUGGGGCUUCAGCCAGCUCUGUGUCCAUAAUGGUUGCCAAUGUGCUGCGUCUAUUUGAGAUUCCCCAGAUCAGCUAUGCAUCCACUGCCCCAGAAUUAAGUGACAAUAACCGGUACGACUUCUUCUCUCGUGUGGUUCCACCUGAUUCAUACCAAGCCCAGGCUAUGGUGGACAUAGUCAAAGCUAUGGGCUGGAACUAUGUGUCUACAUUGGCAUCAGAGGGAAGCUAUGGUGAAAGCGGAGUUGAUUCCUUUCAGCAGAUCUCCCGAGAGGCAGGAGGUCUGUGCAUUGCACAGUCUAUCAAGAUACCACGGGAACCAAAGCCGGGGGAGUUUGACAAAAUCAUUAACAGAUUGAUGGAGACUUCCAAUGCGCGGGGGGUCAUCAUCUUUGCAAAUGAAGAUGACAUCAAACGGGUUCUGGAGGCAGCGAAGAGGGCCAACCUCACAGGUCACUUCCUGUUUGUGGGUUCUGACAGCUGGGGUGCCAAGAGUUCCCCUAUUGUAGACCAGGAGGACGUGGCAGAGGGCGCCGUCACCAUCCUGCCCAAGAGAGCCUCUAUUGAAGGCUUUGACCAGUACUUCACCUCCAGAUCUUUAGAGAACAACCGCAGAAAUAUUUGGUUCGCUGAAUUCUGGGAGGACGAUUUCCGGUGUAAACUGACAAGACCAGGGAUCAAAAUAGACAGCGAAAAGAAAAAAUGUACAGGAGAGGAAAGGAUAAGUCGUGAUACUCCUUAUGAGCAGGAGGGGAAGGUGCAGUUUGUGAUCGAUGCUGUCUACGCCAUGGCCCAUGCCUUACACAGCAUGCACUUGGACCUGUGCCCUGGUGCCAAGGGGGUCUGUGACAAGAUGGAUCCUGUGGAGGGCAGAAUGCUGCUCAACUAUAUUCGUUCUGUGAAUUUUAAUGGCAGUGCAGGAACAGGAGUUCUAUUCAACGAGAAUGGAGAUGCACCAGGGCGUUACGACAUCUUCCAGUAUCAGAUGUCAAACACUACCAGUCCUGGAUACAGAGUCAUAGGUCAAUGGACAAACAAUCUGCGACUCAAUGUGGAGGAGAUGUAUUGGUCAGGUGGAGAACGACAAAUCCCUGACUCAGUGUGUAGUUUUCCCUGUAACCCUGGAGAGAGGAAGAAAAUGGUAAAGGGUGUACCAUGCUGCUGGCACUGUGAGCUGUGUGAUGGCUACCAGUACCAGCUGGAUGAGAUGACAUGCGAGACCUGCCCCUUCGACAUGCGUCCCACACCUAACCGGACAAGUUGCCUGCCCACGCCCAUCAUCAAGCUGGAGUGGCACUCCCCCUGGGCCAUAAUCCCUGUGUUCCUGGCCAUUUUUGGCAUCCUGGCCACUUCCUCUGUGGUCAUCACCUUCAUCCGCUUCAAUGACACUCCCAUUGUCCGGGCCUCUGGUAGAGAGCUCAGCUACGUCCUCCUGACAGGCAUCUUUCUCAUCUACCUCAUCACCUUUCUCAUGAUUGCAGAACCAGGAGCCAUAGUGUGUGCCUUUAGGCGGCUGUUGUUAGGCCUGGGUAUGGCAAUCACUUACUCUGCCAUGCUCACCAAGACGAACCGCAUCUAUCGCAUCUUUGAGCAGGGCAAGAAGUCUGUGUCGCCACCCAAGUUUAUCAGCCCCACCUCCCAACUGGCAAUCACAUUCAUCCUGAUCUCUGUACAGUUGCUAGGGGUGUUUGUCUGGUUUGCUGUGGUUCCACCCCAUACCAUCAUAGACUACGAGGAGCAGAGGCCUCCCAACCCGGAGAUGGCCCGGGGGGUCCUCAAGUGUGACAUGUCAGACCUGUCUUUGAUCUGCUGUCUGAGCUACAGCAUUGUCCUCAUGGUGACCUGCACCGUCUACGCAGUCAAGAGCAGAGGGGUGCCGGAGACCUUCAACGAGGCCAAGCCCAUAGGCUUCACCAUGUACACCACAUGUAUCGUUUGGCUGGCAUUUGUGCCCAUCUUUUUUGGCACGGCACAGUCUACCGAGAAGAUGUUUAUCCAGACCACCACAUUGACGGUCUCAAUGAGUCUGAGUGCUUCUGUGUCUCUGGGGAUGCUCUACGUACCUAAGGUUUAUGUCAUCCUCUUUCACCCGGAGCAAAAUAUCCAGAAGAGAAAGCGAAGCUUCAAGGCAGUCGUGCAGGCAGCCACCAUGUCAACUAGGCUCUCCCAGAAGUCCAAUGACAAGCAGAAUGGAGAGACGCAGAACAAGAUUGAGCCAGACAGAACACAGUAACAGAAGCUUGGCCAAAUAUUGAAAGAGGACUUAAACUACAAAGCAGAAGGCCUGACUUUGGGUACCAUACCUGACUGUGGGUACCAUACCCCAUUUUUCCUCUGGAAUUAAAUGGAAUGAAACAACAGGGUAAUGUAAACCCACUUCAAGAAGAACUCAAUUUUAUUUUAUUUAGUCAACAUUUGAAAGACCUCCACCAAAAGCACAUGGUGAUGAUGGUGAAGUGGACCCAUCUAAUUUCAACCAAUUGGAUUCACUUUGAAACAUCUGGACAGACACAGCAGCUAGCAAGAGGAAUGGACGAGGGAUUAAUAAGUCCCAAACAUAGUUACUGUUAAAUUAAUGUAAUUACACUUAUAUCUACUUGUUUUUAAUGCUGUGCUGUUUUAAUCCUUUUGCUCAAUAUUCUAUUUCUUAGAUUUUAGAACUUGCACUGGAGGAGAUGUUAUUUUUAUUGGAUCAGUUGUAACCAACCAACAUAUUAGCAUGGGUUGUUUUGUGUAAAAAUGUGUGUACAAAGCAUCUAAAAUGGAGCACUACUGGGAUGCUUAUAGGACGAUAGAAAUGACAUGCACCCCAAGUUAGAAAUUGACCUAAGUUACAGUUUUAGGCAAACUCCUCAGCAGUGAACAAAAUGCAGCUCUACUAUUUUGCUUCAUUUCUAAACAUAUGUUGUUUUGGAGGAAGAAAAAUAUAUUACGUGUAUCUUUUUGAAUAAUUUCUGUAUGUAUGUGGAAGUGAAAUGCAAAACUAUAGUGUAGACUGGAUCAAUAGUUAUUUAUCAAUUAAUUCAAUCAUUCAUCUUUUACAUUUUUGAAUAAGUCAUUUUUAUUUUAUCUUAAUAUGUAAUCUUCUAGAGUUUCACUUUAAUUUCAAAUUCUUUCCCUUUUCUUAUACACUUUGUACCACAUUAUCCAAAGAUUUACUGGAGGUUUAUCUAAACGGACCCAAUGUUAAAAAUAUAUAUGUAUAUUGUCUUCAAUUUAAAUUUGAUACAGAAUGCAAAUUCAUCUUUUCCUUUACCAACACCAUCAAUACAGCCUUAUUUAUUAAAAGGCAUAUACUAAUAUUAUUUUCUUUUUGUAUCAAGGAUCCUUGGGCAGUUCUGCGUAAACAAUGACAAAAAUAAUAAGAUUUAGAAGUAUUAUAGACUUUUUUUUUUAAAUAAUCAUGUUAAUAGGGCAUGUAUAAAGGCAAUGGCAGAAAACAUGCCUGAUGUACUUAUCAGUUUUCGUUAAUAAUAAUUGUGUGAUGCAUUUGAGAGCAUGCAUAGGAUCUUCAAGCCCAUUAGCUGUAAGAUCUAGUGCUUAAGAAUAUUCCUUCACAGAAAAUUCAAGAAUGAAAAGUAGACAUCCUGGCUCCCAUGUAAAAUCAAGUCAUCACUGAUAUAGUGCAAAGCACAGCAUAUUUUCUGUUACAGUUGUCAUUUAUUCUUCAAGAAACGUUGUAUCUUUGCAUAUACAGCACCACUCAAAAGUCCAAAGUUUUGACUGGUACUGUAUAUGGAUGUUCACAGGUGACAAUUUGCUUGAAUAAGCGCAUCUAACAUGUCAUAUAAUUGAAAAGGAAACAAUGUUCGUUGUUUAUGACAGAACUAUUUAUUUGAAGUUUCUCUCCUAUUACCAGAAGGAACAUGGUGAAUUUUUUAAAUGUCAUUCGUGCUCACACAGGUGAAAUUAGGCCUGACAACUACUUUAUAUUUGGGUGAAUGUUCAUAAGACUUUACAGUUCAGACUAGUUCACCACGUCUAUGUAAUGGUGGACAGAAUUCAUGACAUUGAUAGUCUAUUAUGGUUGUUACUUCUAGGAUUAAAAAUUAUAUUAUGUAUGCUAAAGAAAUGUUUUUUGUUUAAACUUAAAGCAUUCACCGCAGGAUCAUCAUACUUACAUCAGACAAUAAUUUGGUCAUGCAAUCAAUGCAUUUAGAUAAUUAAAUGUUCAAUACAUAUAAAGGUUCCCUGCUCUCUACAUACAGUCCCAAGUAUAGGAGGUUUCAUUAUUUAUGUAAACUUUGUUUGGUGCUAACACCUAUUAUUUAUCCAUGUGCUUAUUAAUGUAUGAUAACGUACUGUACUUUAUUAACUUAGACAAUACUGUUUUAUGUUAGUAUCUAUCUGACACUAGCAUUGCUUUUCCUGCAUUAAAGAUUCCAUCAAAAUGAUUUAUUGCAUAUUUUGUAAGGUAUAGUCUUGGGCUAUAAAUCUGAUAUAACACCAUUAGUGAUUCCAAAUAAGGCAUUGGGGAGAACCCCUUAGUUACUUAAACAUGCAAAGACUGCAUCGUUCAACUGUAAAUGAAAGUCAGGUGUUUUAUCUUAAUUUUAAAGGACAAUAUUGUACAUUUCACACUGUACCAUAUGGAUAGUUCCUGGACAGAUACUGGGAUCUGGGAAUAAAGGUAUUAUUUUCAAUGUAUGCGUAU